UUGCGCCGAAAGUGAGAGUACAUUGUCUUCUCUAGAGCACCCCUCGGAACGUCAACUUCUCGAGUCAUGAAAACUGCCGUAGCGCUAGUGUUGGCGGGAGUUGUGGCGGUCGCCCAAGCGGGUGGCGGCGGCGGCGGCUGGGGUGGUGGCUAUGGAGGCGGAAAGGGAAAAGGAGGCGGAUACGGUGGUGGAUACGGUGGUGGAUACGGAUACGCCGACAUCGUUCCCAUUGUUGUACCGCAAGCCGUGCCCCAGCCAUACCCAGUCCACGUGCCCGUGCACCAACCCUACCCCGUGCCCCACCCGUACCCCGUGGUCCAGCACGUGCAAGUGCCCGUGGAAGUCAUCAAGCACGUUGAGGUGCCCGUCGAGGUCAUCAAACAUGUCCCUGUUAAAGUCCCAGUCCCAGUUUCGUCUAAGGGCUUCGGUGGUUUCAGCAGCGGUGGCUUUGGAGGUGGCGGAUUCGGAGGCGGUUUCGGAAAAGGUCACGGUUUCGGCGGUGGUUUUGGAGGCGUGGUCGAAGAAGUGGAAACCUCGGUUUCAUUUGGAGGGGACAUUGGCCAUGGAUUCGGAGGAGGUUUGAAGGGUGGAGACCUGCACGGCUCCAGCAUCUCUUUCAGUCACGGCGGUGGACACAAGGGUGGACUUACGAGUUCUUACGGCUCCAUUCACUGAGACCGAACCCAGGUCAAAAGUAUCGUACGAAAUUAGUUUUUUUAUGUCGACGAUUUUUUCUGUUAUGUUACGUUUGUAAUGAAGUUUAUCUCUUUAAUGUUAGGCCGUUGCUGUAUACAACCGCUAACUUCCAAACACAAGUCAGAAACAUUUUUGUAAAUAAAAAUGUUUUCCUCCCAAA